UAGCGAGGCCCAUUAUUUAAAAAGUGCUUCCUCCAUCCAUUAGGGUUUUUUGUAUUUGGAGCAGCCUUCUGGUUCGUUAGUAUCCGUUAGGGAUUUUGCACUUGCAGCGUCAUUCCCUGCACUACACACAAAACGGUGCGUGUCACCCCCAAAAUCGAUAGCGUGUUUUGCAUACACUAUGACUUCUUCUCGACUCGUUUUUUGCCAUUUGUGUGGGACAAUGCUAAUUGUUCCUUCCCGUGAGUACGCUCAAUGCCCUUUGUGCAAAACUCUCCGAGAUAUAGAAGAUAUUCGUGAUAAGGAAAUAAGUUACACAAUUGAUGCUGAGGAGAUCAGAAGAGAGCUUGGAAUGGAAAUAAUUGAGGAACAAAAGGUGCAAUUGUCUAAGGUUAAUAAGAAAUGUGAAAAAUGUGGUCAUGAUGAAGCUAACUUUUAUACGAGACAGAUGAGAUCAGCAGAUGAAGGACAAACUACUUUUUAUACAUGUACCCGUUGUGGUCAUCAAUCUCAGGAGAAUUAGUAUUUAUUUUAAGAAAUGUAUUGGGAAAAAUAUCUUUCGGAGGAAUGUAUUAGGAAAAAUAGAAUGAUCUUCUUUUGUACAAGAGAAAAUGAAAGAAAAAAAAGUUAUUUUCUUUCUGUUUUGGUAGUGUAGAUAAAUGAAAGAUAUGAUAGACACUUUAAAUUGAGGAUUCAGAUGAAUUUUGAUUCUGUUAAUUUUUUGUUAUAUUCUUAUACAGAGUCUUCAAAAUA